UGUGCUGGUUCAGUGUAGCAGGUCUGUUGCUUGAUUCGCGUGCGGAACUUUUUUGUUUUUGCAAAAUCCGAGUUAAUCACGGAUUUUUCACGGUCGUACUUAUUUCGGAAGUAUUUCGCAAAGUUCGGUCGAUUAUCGUGAGUGAUUGCUGAAAGUGUUUUUAUGUCGACUCUCGUUUCCCUCACCGAACAUCAUCCGACGACGACGAGUGAAGCAACCCAGACAAAAGAAGCCGCUUCUUCGCGAGUGAACGAUUUUGGCGUUGCCGUUUGUGAGCCGGGGCAGCAGAAAAUUCGUGUUUUUUGCAAGUGAAUUUGCGAAGUUAGUGCGCAUUUCGGUCGGUAAAAUUAUCCGUGGUUUCGUCGUUGUUGGAGUGAAGUUGGAUUUUUAGUUUUCUUUGGCUGGUGCUUUGGUCUCUCGUGACGGAGGCGCACCGGUUUUUAGUGCGGCUUAAUGUCUAGUGGUGAAUUUCGUGACAGUUCCGCCGUCGAUCCCCCAGCCGCCAAAAAGCGGAAGCUGCCUACAUCGCCUUCUUCGUCGUCGUCGUCGUCGUUGUCGACUCCCCUCACUGCAGCAGCGAAAGCAGUAGCAGUCGAACAGCAGAAGCAGCAACAACAACACAAACUAGAAGAAGAAGACUCAGCAGCAGCAGUAGCAGUUGUAAUGGCGACGGCAAACAACAAUGGAUCGGUACCGUUCGAAGGUUCCGCGGGACAGGAGAUUGACGAAGGUCUCUAUUCGCGGCAGCUCUACGUUCUGGGGCACGAUGCCAUGCGUCGGAUGGCACGGUCCGAUGUGUUGAUUUCGGGUCUCGGUGGAUUGGGCGUGGAAAUUGCGAAAAACGUAAUCCUUGGUGGUGUAAAAUCUGUCACUUUGCAUGACAAAGCGCUUUGCUCGCUGGCGGAUUUGUCUUCGCAAUUUUACCUGACGGCGGACGAUGUUGGACGGAAUCGGGCCGAAGUUAGCUGCCGUCAGCUGGCCGAGCUGAACAACUAUGUGCCUACCAGUGCGUAUACCGGAGAUCUCACCGAGGAGUUUCUCUCCAAGUUCCGGGUGGUGGUGCUCACUUUGACGCCUCCGGCGGAGCAGCACCGGAUUGCGGAGAUUACUCAUCGGAACAACAUCGCCCUGAUUACGGCGGAUACCCGUGGGUUGUUCUCGCAGAUUUUCUGUGACUUCGGAACGGACUUCACCGUGUACGAUCCGACCGGGGCCAAUCCAAGCUCGGCCAUGGUCGCCAGUAUUACCAGCGAUGUGGACAGCAUUGUGACCUGUCUGGACGAAAAUCGGCAUGGAUUCGAAGACGGGGACUACGUAACCUUCACCGAGGUCGAGGGUAUGUCCGAGCUGAACGGAUGUGAUCCGAUCAAGAUCAAGGUCCUGGGACCGUACACGUUCAGCAUUGGCGACACCACCAAGUUCAGCCCGUACGUCCGCGGUGGAAUCGUCACCCAGGUCAAGAUGCCCAAGCAGAUGACGUUCAAGUCGCUGGCCGAUGCAGAGAAUGCUCCCGAGUUCAUCAUGUCCGACUUCGCCAAAUGGGACCACCCGCAAAACACGCAACUGGCGUUCACUGUGCUGGGACGCUACCAGGACAAGAAUGGCCGUUUGCCGCGUCCCUGGAACGCCGAAGAUGCUGCUGAGUUUGUCGAAAUGUGCAAAGAACGCAGCAAGGAAUUGAAGAUGGAUGAGGUGAACGAAACGGCACUGACAACGUUUGCCAAGGUUUGCGCCGGUGAUCUCUGUCCGAUGAAUGGGGCUGUCGGUGGAAUCACCGCUCAGGAAGUGAUGAAGGCCUGUACUGGCAAAUUUACGCCGAUCUAUCAGUACUUCUGCUUCGAUGCUGUAGAAUGCUUGCCGGAGGGUGGCGUUUCCGAGGAGGACUGCCAACCGAUUGGAUCUCGUUAUGAUGCCCAGAUUGCCGUGUUUGGACGCAAGUUCCAGGAUGUACUUGGCAAGCUGAAAUACUUUAUCGUAGGAGCCGGUGCAAUCGGAUGCGAGCUGUUGAAGAACUUUGCCAUGAUCGGUGUGGCAUCUAAGGAGGACGGUGAGAUCAUCGUCACCGAUAUGGAUCUGAUCGAGAAGAGCAAUCUGAACCGACAGUUCCUGUUCCGGCCGCAUGACGUGCAGCAGCCCAAGUCCAGCGUAGCGGCCAGGGCCGUCAAGCGUAUGAAUGGAGAUAUCAAUGUGGUGUCGCAUGAAAAUCGUGUCGGCCCCGAAACGGAGAAGGUCUACGACGAUAAGUUCUUCGAGCGCUUGGAUGGAGUUGCCAACGCCUUGGACAACAUCGAUGCGCGUAUCUAUAUGGACCGUCGUUGUGUGUACUAUCGGAAACCAUUAUUGGAAUCCGGUACACUUGGAACGAUGGGUAACAUUCAGGUUGUUGUUCCAUUCCUGACGGAAUCGUACAGCUCUUCGCAGGAUCCCCCGGAGAAGUCGAUCCCUAUCUGUACGCUGAAGAACUUCCCGAAUGCCAUCGAGCACACUCUGCAAUGGGCGCGUGACAUGUUCGAGGGCAUCUUCAAACAGUCGGCCGCCAAUGCCGCUCAGUACGUUUCGGAUCCGACCUUCAUCGAACGUACGCUCAAGCUGCCGGGAGUGCAACCACUGGAAGUAUUGGAAUCGGUUAAGACUGCCCUGAUUGACGAGAGACCAAAGUCCUUCGUAGACUGUGUCAAGUGGGCGCGUAUCCACUUCCAGGAGCAGUAUUCCAAUCAGAUCAGCCAGCUGCUGUUCAAUUUCCCUCCGAAUCAGCAAACUUCGUCCGGACAGCCCUUCUGGUCCGGUCCGAAGCGUUGCCCGGAGGCCAUCACAUUCGACGUAGAGAACCCGAUGCAUUUGGACUACAUCUUUGCGACCGCAAAUUUGCGCGCCGAGGUGUACGGCAUUCCGCAACUGCGUGAUCGUUCCGCCAUUGGAGAUAUGGUGAACAAAGUGGAGGUUCCGAAGUUUACGCCACGAUCCGGUGUGAAAAUCGCUGUCACGGAUGCUGCCAUGCAAGCCGAAGCUAACGGAGCAUCCGGCGAAGAGCUGGACCAAGAUCGCAUCACCCGGCUACAGAAGGAACUCGCCUCUCUUGGUCGACUUGACUUCACCAUCACUCCGCUGGAGUUCGAAAAGGACGACGACACCAAUCUGCACAUGGACUUCAUCGUGGCUGCGUCGAACUUGCGCGCUGCCAACUACAAGAUUCCACCGGCCGAUCGCCACAAGUCAAAGUUGAUUGCUGGAAAGAUCAUGCCGGCCAUUGCCACCACAACCUCGUUGGUGGCGGGCUGUGUCUCACUGGAGCUGUACAAGCUUGCUCAGGGCUUCAACACAUUGGAACGCUUUAAGAACGGUUUCCUGAACUUAGCUCUGCCAUUCUUCACCUUCUCGGAGCCCAUCCAAGCCAAGAAGCAGACCUACUACGACAAAGACUGGACCCUGUGGGAUCGCUUCGAGGUACAAGGCGAGAUGACACUGAAGGAGUUCCUGGACUACUUCGAGCGUGAACACAAGCUGCAAAUUACGAUGCUCUCGCAGGGCGUUUGCAUGUUGUACGCUUUCUUCAUGGCCAAGGACAAGAAGACGGAACGGUUGGCCCUGACGAUGUCGGAAGUGGUGAGGCGUGUCUCGAAAAAGAGCAUCGAACCGCACGUCCGCGCACUGGUGUUCGAAAUUUGCUGCAACGACGACGACGGAAACGAUGUGGAGAUUCCUUACGUGCGGUACAUUCUACCCUAGGAUAGCGGAACCGUAGGUUAUAGCUUUACUUCGUAGGGGAUUGAACACGAAACACACACACAGACACACUUUUACACUUACAUGCAUACUAUCAAGGGAGUAACACUGAUACACACACAUUUAAACAACAACACGAACAUAUUAUCAACAAGGGAGUGACUCUUGCAAGGAAUCAGCUAUUUCAAAUAGAAGUGAAUAGUAAACCCGCCACAACAACAGCAGUGUGUUCACCAGUGUGACCGCUUUACUAUCUUUCUGAAAAUUGCAAAAAUAUCAGUUUGUGUAGAUCACGCUGGCACUAACGGACCCAAAUUUAGAGUUUUUAAUUGUCGCUGAAUUAAAACAAUACCUUCUAGUAGUUUCCAAAUAGAUUCCCCUCCUUGAGCAUCCAACGGACACCUAUCUACCGAUCGUCUCCCGUAAACUAUGUGAGACAAUCACAUUCAUUCUUGUUUACGAAUGAAUCCACUUUCGAAGGUAAAUCGGUGGCAUUCCCGUUUACGCUUCAAUAAAUUGCGGUUUGUGUCCGUUUCCUACUAUGCAUUGAUUCCGCAAUAUCCCAGCCGAAAAUUGAGAGGAGUUCGACUAGGUAUUGCACAUCAUCUUGAUUUAGCUGAUAAUUGCGUCCGCAAAGCCCUUCCACAGAUUCUCCCGGCAGUAGACGUGCGCCGUUUGUGUCGGGCUGAACAGCGCGUGAGGUUUGACUGAAGAUUGAUCAGUUUUAGUGUGAUAAUAACAAAACUAUAACUUGCUCCUUACAUAUAAUGAAACUCUUGUUUUUUUUUUUUUUAAAUGAUAUUUGUGUUAAAUUAUUGUCGUCCUGUGGUAGCGUCAAUUGAUAAAAAGUGCAACAACCAUCUUUCGUUCUUACGGUUCAUCUCGAUUUGAGAGUUUUCUUCGACUACAUCGAUAACAUCUUCUACAUUAUACUAACACAUAUGAUUUGCGUUUGAUUUCCAUAGAUUAAAUUGUAAUCUGAACAAUUGCACUGUGUUUGAAAAGGAAAAUCCCAAACUUAAUCACUCUAUAGUGAAAAAAAAAUAUAGCAGGGAGUUAGGAAAAGGGAUAUAUAAAACAGCGAGGAAAAAAAGAAGAAAGCAUUGAUACAAUGCUGAUGCUUAUUUAGGUUAUUCGAUUGGGUAGAACUUGACACGAGAACAGCUCGGAAAUGGCAACUUAUCGUUAUGAAUGAAGUCUAUCAGAAAUCCAAGGUAAUAAAGAGAGUGCAUGAAGAAACAAAGAAACAGAUAUGAAGAGAUGUGUCAUACAAUGUAAAGCAAAACCAUUCUUUGGUGUAGAUGUGUCCAGUUAUCUAAUUGCUGCAUUGAGGAUUAAGGAAGUGGAAGGAUAUUGGGUUUUAAACUGAUCAUAUGAGUUGGAGAAGAAAAAAUACGGAACUACGUAUCUUGAUAGAUGAACAGAAUAGUAAACAGAAAUAAUUGUAUUUGAAAAAUAAAUUAUGAUCAUGAAAUUUGAA